GGCGCGUGUUGGUCGAGUUCGCACCUGCGGCUGGCCCUGAACAAACACUUAACUUGACACAGCGCCCAUGCCUCCGUGCGGCAUAGGCCUACGGGAAAUAGGCUUGUAUCACUGAACUGAAAUAUUAUUGGUUCCCAGUCAUUCGCCCCAGCAGAAAGGGACUGACCUUGAAAGCUUGAUGCGUCAUCAUAUCUCCCAGGCUAUCCCAGAAAGGAUGUGGUCGCGAAAGAGUUGCUGCGCAGGACCUCGACAAUAUUUACUUUUCAUUAAACUCGCUCCUACUUCGUCCACCCCUGCCUCCCGGCCGUGCCACUAAUAACCAGGGCUGUAAUUUAACUAUGUCAUCAAAGGAGAGUUUUACGACGAGCAGCCUCUCGCUGAACCUGAAUGAGGACUGGGACCGCUCAAGUGAUAUUAUUGUGCCUCAGACGCAGGUACCACGAAAUUCUGUGCUGUUUCCGGGAGAACAAGCGCGGGAUAACUGCAGCACACCUGGGGCAAAUGGGAGUAGGAAAAGCAGGUCCCUGAGUGAGCUCAUGCGACUCCAUGCCGAGAAGGGGACCGAUGUGACCUUUAACGUCGAGGAAGCGAGUCGUGUAGCAGAUGUUCUCAAGCAGUGGAUAAAUUCUGGAACUUCUCCAUAUGAGGGCGAGGAUGACUUCUUCUCUCGUGCAAACGAUGAUCUAUCACUUGGAGUAAAACGUUCAUUGCAAUCGGGUCCGGGAGACUUCAGUGGCCGAACGAGAGGGCAGAGCGAAAGCGUUGUCUCGCCCCUUUAGACGACAAUUUACGACCUCUGACGAUACUGAUGACUUCAUGACCAUAUACUCUACUCUGCGAGAUCAGCUAUACUACUUAGUUACUUCGUAGUCCUUCUCAAAUUCUUCGAUUUGCAACUCACGGCUGUGACCCGGUUCACCCGUGCCACUGAGUAUAUUCGGCUAUGUACUGCUGAUGUGACGUAAUCAA